AUGCGACUCAUAUCUAGGCUUGUUGCAGAAGAAGCAUAUGUUGAUCGGGUCUCUGAAGGUGAUGUAGCUUGUGUUGCUGGAAAGAAGCAAGGAAGCAAAAUAAAGCUUAUCAGUCUUGUCGAUGAAACUGAUGGUUCUGAUAUUAAAGUCACUCCAUCAACCCAAACAACCAAGCCUCGGAGACAGACUACUUUUGGAACAACCUCGAGGAAACCGAUGUUGCGAUCCACUAUAGAUGGUGGAAUUGGCUCAUCCGCACAUGUAUGUAUCUGUGAUUCGUGGCGGGAGAAGAAAGGCUGCAGCUACUCAAUUGCUAAAGAAGAAGGUUGCGCCUACUAA